AUGAAGAAUCUUCACCUCAACCUCUUCCUAGUCACCAUGACGGUGGUUGCCUCCCUCUCCGCGGCUACUCCGGCGGCUCCAGCGGGUGGAGGAGCCUUAGCGGAUGAAUGCAGCAAAGAUUUCCAAAAGGUGACUUUGUGUUUGGAUUUCGCGACCGGGAAAGCACCGAAACCGUCUAAGCAGUGUUGUGAUGCAAUUCAAGAAACGAGAGAGAGAGAUCCAAAGUGUUUGUGUUUCGUGAUACAACAAGCAAAGACAGGAGGACAAGCCUUAAAGGAUCUUGGUGUUCAAGAAGCUAAACUCAUUCAACUUCCAAGUUCUUGUCAGCUCCACAACGCUAGCAUCUCCGAUUGUCCAAGUGCAUGA